AUGACCAACGACCACCACACUGAAAGUUUCACGUUAAGUGGCUCCGAGUUCACACAACUCUAUGGUAGGAUACAAGUCGGGCUCUUAUGCGCCGCUUUAUAUGAUUAUGUGUGCACUCUACCCGAAGAGAUUGACCUUGCAUGGUCUGACAGCGAGUUUCCCCUUCUUUCAGCAACAGCCCCGAAUGAUAUCAUCAAUCGGCUACUUCUUUGUGAGAACAACAUGUCUACUUGUCUUUCUCUCCUCACACAAACGCAAAUGAGGGGCCCGAUAUAUGGGGCUGGCGUUCCUCAUGUAAGGUCUCGUUCAAAAAUUGGCACUCGGUUUGAGUCACCUUCGCUCUACAGAAUCCCGGUGGUUGGAAUGUUUGCCACGAACAUGCUGGCGCCUUGGGAAGAAUCAGUCAGCGCUAAUCUUGGCGUUAACACCAAUUUUGUGGUGCAGUUCCAGUAUAUUUCAGUUCUAGCCUCCCUAGUGAUAAUUCAAGCAAAGACAGCACUACUCUUGGUCCGAGUCUACGCGCUAUACAGCAGAUGGAGGAUGGUUAGGUGGAUAUUAGUCGCCCUCAUGGUCGGUGAAGUGGAUGAUGCGAUUGCAUUCAAUCUCCCAAUUCUAAUCUAUGAAUGUCUCCUCAUGGGUAUGGUAAUUGCAAUAUUGUUAGACGUUGCUGACGCAAUAUGCAAGUGUCUCACGCACACAAGCUAUUCGAAUAUUUACGAAGUAUGCGUCAUUGUCUUUAUACAAGCCAUUAUGGGUCCCAGGCUCGCUCUUAGCAUGUUUGAGGUCAAACUAGAGAGAGAUACGGUGUAUCUUUUCCUACAAACAUACCAGUUCAAGGUGACUGCAACUUUUGAAGCACGCAAACAAGCACUCAAUUAA